AUGGGUCUGAGAUUCUCCAAACUGCUGAAAAGUAUCUUAGAGCAGCAGUCCAAGAAGAAACAAAGACUUUCCCCAGCAGAGAAUCUCAAAUUUUGGUGUGAGAGUGGGCUGGAUCAAGAUGGAUUUCAAAAAAAACUAAUUGACAGAAAAAUUGGAUUUGGUGUUUUUACCACCCAGCAGUUUUCAAAGGGUAGUUUUCUUUUGGAGUAUGUGGGAGAAAGAAUUACUCCAGAAGAAGCAGAAGAAAGAGAGAAAAGGAAGAAGAGGGGUCACUGCUACGUUUAUUAUUUUAAGUGGAAUGGAAUGCGUUGCAUUGAUGCAUCUGAAAGCUUUCAAAGGCUUGGCAGAUAUGUCAACGAUGCAGCUUUAGAUGAUCCAGAAAACAAUGCUGUUAUGAAGUUAAAAGUAGUGAAUAAUUACCCAAGGCUUUGCCUUUUUGCUAGAAGGAAUAUUAAAAAAGGAGAGGAGAUCCGCUAUGAUUAUGGCGAUUCAAUUGAGAAUCUUUCUUGGAGACAUCAGAGCUUGAUAAUGAUGCAGAUGAUGAUGACCCAUUUGAGUUGAAAAGUAAAAAAGAGAACCGUCUGGAGGUGGAAAGUGAUGAAGAUCCCGUUACAG